UCAUGUGCAUGAGCUCACGCUCGAGACUCCACUUCCUGUUUGACACUGGGACGAGACUCGCUCUGAGGAAUGAGGUGCACGGAAGAAAACAAAACUACCUAAUGAAAAAGGAAUAAAGGUUCACUCAAAAUGAGCUGGAUUCCCUUCAAGAUUGGUCAGCCCAAGAAGCAGAUCGUCUCUAAAACUGUUGAAAGAGACUUUGAGCGAGAAUAUGACAAACUCCAAAAGCUGGAGGAUCAGACGAAAAAACUUCACAAGGACAUGAAGAAAAGCACAGAGGCUGAUUUAGCCAUGUCCAAGGCUGCUGUGAAGAUCUCUGCCGACCUGCUCAGCAACCCACUCUGUGAACAGGACCAAGCCUUUAAUGAGUCCAUGAUGGCUUUGGAUAAAGCCAUGAAGCGGAUGGAUGCGUACAACCAAGAAAAGGUGAACCAGAUCCAAAAAACCGUCAUCGAACCUUUGAAAAAGUACGGCGGCGUCUUUCCCAGCCUCAACAUGGCGGUGAAGCGGCGGGAACAGGUUCUGCAGGACUACAAGCGCCUGCAGUCCAAAGUGGAGAAGUACGAAGAGAAGGACAAAACGGGGCCCGUGAUGGUCAAACUGCAUCAGGCCAGAGAGGAGCUGCGGCCGGUCAGGGAGGAUUUCGAGGCCAAAAACAAGCAGCUGCUGGACGAGAUGCCAAAGUUCUACCACAGCCGCAUCGACUACUUCCAACCCAGCUUUGAGGCUCUCAUCCGGGCGCAGGUUGUGUAUUUCACAGAAAUGCACAAGACUUUCAGCGAACUGACCGAUCAGAUCGACCAGGCCGGUUUGACCGACGAGCAGCGGGAGAAGGAGACGGAGGCCAAGCUCAACGAGCUGCGAUCCCUGUCCAUCGUGGCAGACGACUGAGCAGCGUAAGCCUCGACCUCCCUGAACUUGUUUCUUCAACCCUGUCGGUGAAGCACCGCCGCAGUAGAAGCCAUCGGCUCAGCGCUUCACGACAGCUCCGGACACUUACUGCUGAGGGAGUCGAGAACUAUUUAUAACGGUAGGAUGUUUGUGUUUCACGGCAGCAAUUGUGGUUUCGUCCACAGAAGUGGAUCUCUGUUUUAGAUUCUAUCUGGAACCCAAAAUUUUGGCCUUUUAUUCGUCUCAUGUGCCAUUUUGUUAAAAACAAGUGCUGGUGCUCCCUCUAGUGGCUCAUACUGGUAACGACAGCGUUAAAUUCUCCCCCAUUGUUCUAUUGUGACUGUAAGUUGUGUUCUUCCUCUUUUUAGAUUUUCAUGGCCUUUUUUUUAUUUUAUUUUUUUUAAUUCACACUUUGGACCAAAUCAAACAGCUAUUGCACUGGUGUCACUUCAGCUCCACAGUCUGGUCCUGGUUCACAGACUCAGACACUGAGUCAGAUGUUUUACACAUAAUUCUUUUUUUUUAUUAUUGUUAUGAAGGUUUUAGCAGUGGAUUUUAACUUAAUGUAAUUUGCAGUUUUGUUUUUUGUCUAUAAUCAACUGUGGAAGAAUAAAUAUGACA